CCUCAUCUCUGUUGUAUUAGAGAGAUCGUCCCAAGCAGGUUUCCUAGCAGAGCCGUCAUGGAGCAUCUAGACAGAAGACUGCCGGUAGCGUUCCUCCUCCUCCUGCCUCUUCUGUCCGUCAGCUGCGUGUCCAAUAAAAAAACUACAGUCUCCUGGUGUGUAUUGUCUGACGCUGAACAGCAGAAGUGUCUGGAUUUGGCUGGAAACGCCACAGCUCGGAAAAUACGAGGAACUUUGCAAUGUGUCCGUGGCCUGAACACCAGAGAUUGUUUAAACAAAAUCAAGAAUGGGACAGCAGAUGCAGCCUCCAUGUUUGCAGAUGACGUCUAUGCUGCUGGAUUCUGCCAUGGCCUGGAGCUGGCUGCAGGAGAGUCCCACAACGGAGUAGAUGGUUUUAGCUACUACGUGGUGGCGAUGGCACGUCGCUCCUCCUCAGACCUGUCCCUGCUGGAGAUGCACGAGCGCAGCUCCUGUCACCCCGGCAUUCGCACCACAGUGGGGUGGACUGUUCCUAUUGGCUUCCUGGUGAACACCUCCCAGAUCAGCAUCGGGGAGCAGUGCAACUUUCCCAGAGCCGUUGGCAACUUCUUUGGGUACAGCUGCGUGCCGGGUGUGAAGGACGUGCAGCACGACCCGAGAGGGAACAACCCCAAGAACCUGUGCGAGGCCUGUAUAGGAGACGACAACGACAGACACAUCUGUGCCAACAACCACAGAGAGAGACACUACGGAGAAGCGGGGGCGCUGAGGUGUGUGGCGGAGAACCUCGGAGACGUGGCCUUUGUAAAACACACAACGAUCUUUGAGAAUUUGGACGGUAAGAACCAGGAGUCCUGGGCCCUCGAUCUGGAGCUGGAGGACCUCAAGCUGCUGUGUCCAGAUGGAACCGAGGCGGGUCUGGACGAGUUUGAUCGAUGCCACCUGGCAGCUGUCCCCGCUAACGCUGUGGUGGUGCGCAUGGAGGACAAGUGUCGUGUCUGGAAGUUCCUGGAACGUUUACAGAAUGCGUUUGGCAACGCCACCGAGGGCUUUCGCCUGUUCAGCUCAGCAGGCUACGGCGAAUCCGAUGUGCUCUUCAAUGAUGCCACCCACCACCUGCAGAGGGUUCUGGGUAGCUACACCUCUUGGCUGGGUCCCACUUACACCACCAUGCUGCAAGCCUUCGAGUGCGAGGGCUUCUGCUGAUGGAGCAGGAGGAAGACAUCCAGCGCAUCAACUUCCACCGCAUCCCUCAGUCUCCGUCCUCCUGUUUCCCGACAUCUAUGUCCCUCGGCCACUCCGUCUCGCCAUCUCAUAUCCUCUUUUGCUUUGCUUCUUGUGUUUCUUUUCUCCCUGCAUUUCACCACCUACUCUCUAUUAUUACAUCCUCCUCCAACCUUGUGCUUCACUCUAGGCUGGCAGGGUAGGACAUCGCUAAGAGGGGCUAAUCAUCUUAGAGAAACUUCAGACAAUGUUCCCAAAACUGAGUUUCCCACCCCAUUAUUGAUUUAUACACAUAACAAAAGUCCUGUUAAAUGUUACGACCCCACACACACCCCCACCCUCCUCCCACAGGGUCCGUCUCUGGCACUGAACAACUGGGUGCUAUUAACUUUGAGCUUAGAAGUUUCAGUUACUGUUUGUGUGUGUGUGUGUGUGUGUGUGUGUGUGUGUGUGUGUGUGAGUAUAGACUUUUUCCCACAGCCAUUAUUGCCCUAAUUGGCAAACUGGCAUACCAUACUGUUUGUGUGCAAGUGAGAAAAACAUGUGUGUGUGUGUGUGUGUGUGUGUGUGUGCGUGCACUUUUAUGUGCCUAUGUGUUAUUGUGUUGAUAGGAUUGAUGCUUUCCCAUGGCUUGUAUAGCUUAGGAUUUUGGAUCACUGCUUUCUCACGUCUGGUAUGAUGGACCGGACUGUGCCAGCUUGCAGUGUAUUGUUACACUAUACAGUUAGGAGGAACUGGAUUAGGCCUUGAGCUGUUUCCAGUGACCCCCUGGGGGUGUUUUUGUUUUAUAAAGCUUUGAUAAGCUUCUCAUCUGUGACAUUUGCAUCACCCAAAACUCCCAAAAAGUGCUCUCCAAUACCUUCUUUGUCUGUCCUGCUUCUACACGUAAAGGAAUACGUGGACUUCUCUUCACCAUCAUUAUCAUUUAUACUAGUGAGACGUUGAUAAUGAUAGAAGUUACUAACAGCAUAUAACAGUUCAAGGCUGGUCUAAUAAGGAGAAAUUAGUCCGUGCAGUGUGUGAUAUCAUCAAGUAAUUGUCAUGGAAGAAGAGUAUUACUAAACUAAUGUGCUAUGAAGAAAAUGGUGAUUAUCAAAAAUAAUCCAUUUCUUUCUCUGAUAUGUUCAAGGAAGUGUAAUUAAAGAAUCACCAGCGUUCUUAAAGCCUCCCUUGACCUGCAGAAUCAUGCACCUGUAAAAUGUAUAACGGACUGUAAUUCUGGGCUUUAGUUGUCGUCUCCAUCUUUAUUAUUUCUUUCGCGUUCUGCACCACAGAGCUCGGCAAUAAACUGAUAAACCGGA